AACCCAAAAAAAAAAAAAACCCGAAAAUAAGGGAAUUUUUUCUUCAAAAUUUCUCUCAAUUUUCCCUCGCGUCGCCCUCCGUCGCGGAAUCCGCCAUGACGGCAGCGGCAGCACUUUCUCUUCUUCCAAUCUGUCUUCGCCGACCCUCUUCGAGAUAUAACUCAAAAAAGGGUGGUUUUAUUAGAGAUGAAUUCAGAAUAUUUGCUGUUUAUAGAGAAGAAGGGGGAGGUGGUUUGCAGAAAAGGAGUAGUUGGGAUGCAAUAUUUGAUGUUGAGGAUCCAAGGCCUAGAAUGCUACCGUCUAAAGGAAAGUACUUGAAUGCAAAUCAAGCGUUAGAGGUUGCUAGGUUUGAUAUACAAUAUUGUGAUUGGAGGGCCCGUCAAGAUUUACUAACAAUCGUGCUUCUCCAUGAUAAGGUUGUUGAUGUUCUGAACCCUUUAGCACGUGAGUUCAAAUCUAUUGGAACCAUGAAGAAAGAACUUGCAGAUUUACAGAAAGAACUAGCAAAGGCUCACAAUGAGGUUCACAUAUCAGAAGCAAGAGUAGCUACUGCGUUGGAUAAACUAGCAUAUAUGGAAAACUUAGUGAAUGAUAAACUUUUGCAAGAAAGGAUUCCAAAAGAAUCCAGUUCUGAUCCUGUGCCAGUUGCUGUAAGCACUUCAUCUGCGCCCAUAGCUUUUAGCGCACAGUCGCCUAGAAAAAGCCUUGAUGUUUCUGGUCCUGUCAAACCUUAUCACCCCAACCUUAAAAACUUCUGGUACCCAGUUGCUUUUUCUACGGAUCUCAAUGAUGAUACCAUGAUUCCUUUAGAUUGUUUUGAAGAACCAUGGGUCAUAUUUCGAGGCAAGGAUGGAAAUCCAGGAUGUGUUCAGAAUACAUGUGCCCACCGGGCUUGCCCUCUUCACCUUGGAUCUGUGAAUGAGGGACGGAUUCAAUGUCCUUAUCACGGUUGGGAGUAUUCAACCAAUGGAAAAUGUGAGAAGAUGCCAUCAACCCGCAUGCUCAAUGUAAGUAUAAGAUCAUUGUCAUGUUUUGAGCAAGAAGGAAUGAUCUGGAUUUGGCCUGGUGAUGAACCUCCUACGGCUACUCUUCCUUGCCUGCAACCUCCUCCAGAAUUUCAAGUUCAUGCAGAGAUCGUUAUGGAGCUCCCAGUGGAACAUGGACUUCUCUUGGACAAUCUCUUAGACCUGGCCCAUGCUCCUUUCACUCAUACUUCAACCUUUGCUAAGGGAUGGAGUGUUCCAAGCUUGGUCAAGUUCCUCACACCAGCAUCGGGACUUGAAGGAUAUUGGGAUCCCUACCCAAUUGACAUGGAAUUCCGACCACCUUGCAUGGUCCUUUCAACAAUAGGUAUCUCAAAACCUGGAAAACUGGAGGGACAAACUACAAGACAGUGCUCAACACAUCUGCACCAGCUUCACGUGUGCUUGCCAUCCUCCAGACAGAAGACACGGUUGUUAUAUAGAAUGUCACUUGAUUUUGCACCGAUACUCAAGCACGUCCCUUUUAUGCAUAUAUUGUGGAGGCACUUCGCUGAGAAGGUCUUAAAUGAGGACUUGAGGCUUGUUUUGGGGCAGCAGGAGCGAAUGAUAAAUGGAGCAAAUAUCUGGAAUUUACCUGUAACUUAUGACAAGCUUGGUGUAAGGUAUAGAUUUUGGAGAGAUGCAGUUGAGAGAGGAGUCAAGAAAUUGCCAUUCAGUAAACAAGAAAUAUGAGAAUGAUACACCAAGUACUGGUCCGCGGACUUCUCCCAUUGUCAUCAUUCUUUUUGAGACAUAACUUGCAUAGCUAUGCAUAGAGAGCUCCAGGAGCAUUCCAUUGGCCAAAAAGAGCAAUUGAUGAUCCAAAGUAAUAAGUUUGGAAUUUUACUUUUUGUACAAACUGUAAAUUAGUCGUAGUAUCAAGGCAUGAAGUAUAAACUCUGCCUAAUUGCCUUUUUUGUGUGCAAAGCUAAUCUUGAUUCUAUUAGUUUUUUUUUUCUCUCGUUGUAUCUUCAUUUUCUUAUCAAUAAAGAAAAUCUUGUUCCAAGUGGUUCA